AUGCGAGGCGGGACGCUGCAGAUCAACUGGCACGACCAGCAGCCGGUGCUCAGCCUCGACUUCCACCCGCCUCCCGCCGCCUCGCCACCGCCGGCGCCGACCACGACGUCAAGGUUGGUUGCCCCGCCUCCUCUCCUCUCCUCCACCGCCAUUGCCUUGCUCUUGCUGAUCCGAGAUUUGCCCCUCCCAUUUCGGCGGCGUCGUUCCGUGACCGGUUCGGGAUUGCAGAUCUGGGUGAUAGCGUCGGAUGGCUCCGACGACAAGCUCCCCACUGCCACCUUCAAGAGCGCCCUCGUCCCCAAUAACACCGCCCACAGCUCCGCGGUCAACGUGCUCCGCUUCUCCCCUUCAGGGGAGUAUCUCGCCUCUGGUGCUGACGGUGGCGGCAUCAUCCUCUGGAAACUGCAUUCCGCUGACGACGGUGAGGCAUGGAAAAUUCACAAGACGUUACUAUUCCAUCACAAGGAUGUUCUUGACCUCCAGUGGUCGCAUGACAGCACAUUCCUUGUUUCUGCAUCAGUUGACAACACUUGCAUAAUUUGGGAAGCUAGUAAAGGCACGGUGCACCAAAAGUUGGAGGGACAUCUGCAUUAUGUUCAGGGUGUGGCGUGGGAUCCUUUGGGCCAGUAUAUUGCUUCACUGAGUUCUGACAGAACCUGUAAAAUAUAUGCAAAUAAGCCUCAGGGCAAAUCCAAGAACGCAGAGAGGAUGAACUUUGUUUGCCAGCAUACACUAGUGAAGGUAGAAUAUCAGAAUCAUGAUGAAUCUAAGCCACCGAUUAAAUCUCAUUUGUUUCACGAUGAGACACUACCAUCUUUCUUCCGGAGGUUGGCAUGGUCACCUGAUGGAUCUUUUCUAGUAUUGCCAGCAGGCCUUUCUAAACACUCUUCCGAAGUGAUUAAUACCGCUUAUAUAAUGUCCAGGCGUGACCUCUCAAGGCCUGCAAUACAACUCCCUGGGGCCAGUAAAGCUAUAGUAGCAGUACGCUUCUGCCCUGUGCUAUUCAAACCACGUGGUUCUAACCCAGAUGGUCUCUUCAAGCUUCCUUAUAGAGUUGUUUUUGCUGUUGCUACUUUGAACUCUCUGUAUGUCUAUGAUACAGAAAGUGUUCCUCCAAUUCUAGUCCAUGCUGGUCUACACUAUGCUGCCAUUACCGAUAUUGCAUGGUCUUCUGAUGCUAAGUACUUGGCAGUGUCAUCACGAGAUGGCUACUGUACUAUAAUAGAGUUUGAGAAUGAGGAACUGGGAGAGCCUCACAUCCUCCUGGAAAUUGCUAAAGGGAAUUUGACACCUGAGACCAAGAAGCCUGUAUCCGCAGAUUGCAUGAAGGUUGAUAUUAGUGCCAGCAAGCUUAAGAUGGAAGCCAGCCCUGUGGCUGUAGGAGUCAGAGCACCACUGCUGCCAACGGAGAACAUCACGAGAACAGGGGAGCUUGCUGAAGGAAAUGUGGCCUGUGAAAACAAGAAGCCGGUAAUAGUAGACAGUAUGGAAGUAGAUGUCGAUGAUAACAAAGUCCAGGAGGCAACCAUUCCCAUGGCUGUUGAAGUGACACCACCACCAGUACCGACCAAGAACAACGAUCGAGCUACCCUGUAA